ACGGGGGGUCAGGACAGGCAGGACUUGCUAGGGGAGGGUCCGGGCAAGUACCCCGCGUGGAGCAGGCCCCCUCUGGAGUCCUUUCGUACCCCUGAGGACAGUGACCCUCCAGGGACCUACCUGCUGUUCUGUUUGCCCAGCCAGCGAACUGGACUGGACCCCGCCUUCCUACCCUUCCCGAGAUCGGGCUUGUCCCCACCCCCUGGCCCCAGGGGACAAAGGCUGACUUACGGGCAGGAAGUGCCCCCGUGACAAAUGAACCUCCCAGCCGCUGCUCCCCGGUGCUGAGUUAACGGGGGGCUGCCCCCCUCGGGCAGGGGCUGGUAGGGAUUCAAGGUCCGAGGGCGCCGGGCUCCCUCCUGGCCGUCCCAGGGACUGUCUCAGCCAAAACCUUUUCAGCCUGGAUUGUUUUCGGUGCGCCAAGCCCCAGCUGUCACUGAUUCUCUUGAAACCAACUGUUCCUCUUCGCUGAGACUCCACCUCGGGGCCAAGUGGCCCGUCAACAUCCGCCAGGCCCCUGGAGUGGUUCGGCCCUUUUGGGGAACACACUGUGAACGCCAGCUGGAUUGCAGUCCAGUGGGCACUACUGUUAACCACAUUUACAAAUGAGAGCACUGAGGCACAGAGAGGGCGAGCAACUUGUCCAGCAACACCCAGCCAAUCAGUGGGGGAAGGAAGGAACCAAGUUGAUCAUCUACUCUAUAGAGGCCAUGCCCCUUAUUGCUACCCUCUGCCAACCUUGCCGUUACGAACUGUUUCUUCUUCCUCUUCUUAAAUUGAGGAGCUGGAGAAGCUGGGUCUUGGUGACAGCGUGGACCUGCACGUGUACGAGAUUCCGGUUGAGUACAAAACGGUGCAGAGGCUCAUCCCCGCCCUGUGGGAGAAGCACAGUCCCCAGCUGGUGGUGCAUGUGGGGGUAUCGGGCAUGGCGACCACAGUCACACUGGAGAAAUGUGGACACAACAAGGGCUACAAGGGACUGGACAACUGCCGCUUCUGUCCUGGCUCUCAGUGCUGCGUGGAGGACGGGCCUGAGAGCAUCGACUCCAUCAUUGACAUGGAUGCUGUGUGCAAGAGGGUCACCACGCUGGGUCUGGAUGUGACAGUGACCAUCUCACAGGAUGCCGGCAGGUACCUGUGUGACUUCACCUACUACACCUCCCUGUACCAGAGCCACGGCCGGUCGGCCUUUGUCCACGUGCCCCCGCUGGGCAAGCCCUACAACGCCGACCAGCUGGGCAGGGCGCUGCGGGCCAUCAUCGAGGAGAUGCUGGACCUCCUGGAGCAGUCAGAAGAGAAAGUCAACUACUGCCACAAACACUGAGAGCCGCAGGCCUCCCAAGACUCCUCCCGUUGGGCCCCAAGAGGGACGUCCUCCCUCAGGAGCCUGGCCAGGAAGACAAGCCGUCGUCCUGGGUCACCCAGCUCCUCUCUCUCUGCAGAAGCUCCGGUGGACUUGAAGCAGAGGCUGGGACUUCUCCCGUUCCCCUGUGCACUGGGGGACACAGCCACCACAGCCAGGAGGUCAACCGGUGGGCCCAGACGUCCAGAGAAUCUUGGUCAGGUGGCCCGUGCUCUGUGACCUCCGGCCGGGCCGCCUGCUCAUCUGCCUUCCACGUCUGUGGGUGGAGGAGAGCGAGCCCCUGGCUCCUGGCUGGUUUGUCUCAAAUUUAAGUCUCAUGAAGAGUCUCAGCCGAAAACUGUCCCCAAAGCUUGGGUGGCCCCAGAUGAGACUGCCCUGGGAUGUGGCUGGUUUUCUUUUCUCUUUUUGAGGACAGUCGUGUGAGCUGGGAGCCGAGAGCGAUUGCUAACCCUUGGCUCAGCCGAGGACAGAUGGGCCUUUUCUUUUUCCCAGGGUGUGGCCUCUUUGGCCUCUGGCCUCCAAAACUGGACUUAACUCUUGUCUUUGUGUUGGGACAACAGUGGCCAGGCCACAGUGCAGCCACAGGGGCCUGGUCCCUUGACACCAGAGCCGUGUGCCCGUGGGACAGCUGCUCUGAGCCGCUGGGGAUCCUUUGACACCUAAAGUAGCCACCGCCUCGCUGGGCAUCUGGGCUUGGGGCCUGGAGCUGGCGUCCUGGAGUGUCCCCGCGUGUCCCUGCAGGGGCUGGCGGGCCCCGGUGGGCUUCAUGUGAGUGGUCUCUGGGAUGUCCCCAGGACUCAGGAGUUGCUCUACCUCGCUCCCUGCCCACUCUGAACUUGGUGGCCUCCCUCAGCAGGUGGCUACGCUCAGCCCGACCCUGAGGCCUGUCAGGAGAGAGCGUCCUCCUGUAGCAGUGCCACCAAGGGAGGAGGACGGCGUCUGGGGAACCAUCGGCUUUUCUCUGGGGACGAGGUUUCCCUGUUGCUCUGGGAGGGCGCGCGCUGGACCCUGUCCCUGGAUGAGUCCUGCUUGUGUCCCGCCGGGUGUUCUCCAGCCCCAGGUGGCUGGGUGGGCCUUCUGACUUCCUUCCCCUUCCCUCCCGUUCCCAGGUCGGUGGGGCCUCGCGGACCUGCCGCAUGGUCGUGUGGCCAUCUGGGACCUGGCGGUGGUCCUCUGGGACCUGGCGUGGUCUUGGCCACAGUGUCCUGAGCCCUGGCUCUCCCUGGGAGGCCAGCAGCAUGGUUGUGUGACCCGGCUCUGCUCUGGGCAGCGGGCUGGACUGUGGCUGGCAGGUUAAGGUGAUUGGGACCCUGCCACCUCCAUGCCAGCCCUUGCUCUGUUGGGCACUGUCCCCCAAGACCCCAGCCUGAGCACGGGGUCUCUGGAGAGCCACGUGCUCGGCCGGCUUCUGUGGCAGAAGAACAUGGGGCUCUCGGGACGUGGGGCCCCGGGAUCCCCCGGGAUCUCAUUCAGACCGACCCCAGGCUCCGUCCGUGGGGCCAUCUCUGUCCCCCAGAGGCCCCAGCGUGACGGGGCGGGAGGGGCCGUCCUGGGCUCUCUGGGCACCUGCCCAGAGGUUUCCAUGUCUGGUCCCCGUCCCUCCCUGUGUUCCUGGUCCUGUGUGGCUCCGCCCCUCAGAGGUGUGACGUCCCGCACGUCGCUCUCCUGCCUUCCUCAGGAGCUGCCCCUGCCAUGCACAGCGCAGGGCGGCUCUCACGUCAUCAGAUGCCAUUAAACCCGUCACUCACGUCCUGCCAGCUUUUAUUUCCUCAGGGGUUGACGUUUUGUGACGUUUCUGUUGGGUGGAACUCAUCGCUCGCUCCAUGGUCUGUCUGUCUGUCUGUCUGUCUGUGUUGGUGGGUCUUGGCCUAAAAAUGUCCCUGUGUGAGAAGGGAGGACCGAGUCUCCCUGUCCCCCCUCAUCUUCAGACCCAGGGAGCUGGCAGACGGUCGGUGUGAGGUGGGGAAGGCGACGACGGUGUUCAUGGUGGAGAGUCAGGCUGGGGACGUGGCGGGCAGCUGGGGGAGGAGGGAGGUGACGCUGGGCAGGUCUGUGGGAAGCAGCCGGGGAGCCCCUGGGGUGCUGAGGAGGGGACGUGAGCAGGCAUGGACCUGAUGAUGGCUCCUUUUUCACAGAUGCCACAGCCUGUGACCUCUGUGUCUCCUGCAGCCCUGGGGGCCUGGGGCAGAGGUGGGUGGCGUGUGCAGGGCUGUAGCCCGAGAAGGAAGUGAGACUGGGGGGUGGGAGGGGAGAAGGGCAAGGGGAAGUCUGACUGGUGGACUGAGCUUGGGGUCACCUGGUGACACCUGGCGACCUGCCGGGUCAAGGACUGGAGCACACAAGGUCCCCGAGGCCACUCAUGCAGGGCUGGCCAGGGGAAGGAGGGCUGAGUCAUGAAUUCCCAGUCAGUGCCAGAUUUUUAAAGAAAAUGUCAUGUUGUGCCAGGCACGGGGAGGCACGUGCUUGUGAUUCCAGUAACUCAGGAAGCUGAGGCAGGAGGAUCACAAGUUCAAGGCUGGCCUCAGCAGCUUAGUGAGGCCCUUAGCAACUUGGCAAGACCCUGUCUCAAAAAGGGCUGGGGAUGUGGCUCAGUGGUUAAGGCCACCGGGUUCAAUCUCCAGGACCAAAAAAAAGAAAAGAAAGGGAAAAUGUCACAUUGCAAUAGUUUCAGCGAAGGGAAAUCCCCUGCUCUAUUCUUUGCUGGCGUGGAAACGUCUAGAACAGCCAGGGUCUGCUCCGAGGCAGGGGGGCUGUUUGUCCUAGGAGCAGGGCCACCUGGUGUGUGGCUCUGGCGCCUGCGCCCCACCCUGGGGGCCAGGGCUGGAGGGGCUGCAGGAGAUCCAGCCCCACACCCCCUCUCCUGGCAGCCUGUCUAGACUGUUGACCUUUGACCUCCCCGCCCCCUCACAGCGUCUGCACCCAGAAGUCGGGACAAAGCUCCUUUCUUCUCUGUGGCCUCAGCCUCUGCCCCAGACUUCGGGGCAGCCUCCGGAGGCGGCCUUGGGCACCAAUGGCCUCACAGACAGACUCGGGCGCCACCAGUGGCCAGGGACAGUGAAAGGGCUUUGUCUCCUUCUCCAGGUGCAAAUCCUCACUGCCGCCUGCGGGGGCUUGGGGGGGGGAGCGUGUUUGCCGUGGGGAAGUUGGGGACCCCCCAAGACCCUCGGCACGAGGCUCCUGGGGGCAGGCCUGGUCGAUGUCCCUGUCUGCAGGGCUCAGGCCUGGGGGGUGCUGAAUGCCCUCGCCCAGACGUCCCCAUCCCGGUGGCCUGUGUCUGGGCUGGUUGUCACACACUGUCUGGGCCAUCUGAGGACCUUGGAGGCGCAGCCCAGCCCCCUCCUGUCCUCUCCCCCUCCCCCCCUCCCCUGACCUUUCUCCUGUUGCCCAGCGACACACAGAAGUGCCUGCCCUGCUCCCGUGCUCGCGGGGCACAGAGAAGGGGACAGGUCCUGGUGCUGGCAGUGGCCAUGGCCCCCUCCACCUGGACCCAGGUUGGCCCGCGCCAGGGUUUUGUCUUGAAGUCCCCCGGCUCUCGGUUCCUCACGGCCUGUGGCGUCCCCGUCCUGUCCUGGCCCCUGGGGAGAGGCCACACCUGGGCCUUAGGAAGGGGCCCCCUUUCUGCCUGGCUUGUUCUGGGGCCCACCCAAAUCUCAGGUUUUCAUUUUGUUCUCAAUUUCUAGGAAAUAGUUGUUCUGGCUGAAAGUGACUGUUUUCUGUCCCCCGGGGAGGGCCCCGCCCCUCCGUCCUCAGUGUGGCUUCUCCCCCACCUGAGUGCCUGCCAGUGCCUUGUCUGAGACCCCGUUCCGUGUCCGGGGUCCCCUGGAGCAGAGAAGGGUCUGCUGGGCUCUGGGAGACUCCAAACUUGACACCCCAGAAGCAAAUAAAAUAGUUGAAAUGUG